GGGGUUUGUUUCCAGGAAGUGUUCAGCGUGACUCUCCUGGCCUAACGUUUUUGCAAAUUUAACUUUUGGACUGCCGUUUGCGCCGCUGCCACUUUAUUAAAUCGUUUAAUCUUCCUCCAGUAUGGGUGACGAUGAAGAAAAGUAUGAUGGGAUGUUGCUUGUUAUGGCGCAACAACACGAAGGAGGAGUCCAAGAGUUAGUAAACACAUUUUUCAGCUUCCUUCGACGCAAAACCGAUUUCUUCACCGGUGCAGAUGCAGGUGCUGCAGAGAAGCUGGUCAACGAUGCCUUUGCUCACCACAGUAAGCUUGCACUGAAGGCCCACAAAGAGAAGCAGACAAAACAGGAGAAGGAAAAGAAAGAGAAAGCCGAAAGAGCUGCCAAACUUGCAGAGGAAGAGAGGAAAAAGAAAAAGGACGAUGGUCCCAGAAUUCAGGAACUGACUGACGAGGAAGCGGAGAAGCUUCAGUCUGAGCUUGACAAGAAGAAGAAAGAAGAGGAGGACUCAAAAAAGACAUCUGACAAAGCAGAAAAAGAGAAGACAGAAAAAGAGAAGGGGUCUGACUCUGAAGGAGAGGAGGACGAGAAGGACAAAGACAAACUGAAGCCUAAUUCAGGAAAUGGAGCCGACCUGCCCACCUACAAGUGGACACAGACCCUGUCUGAAGUUGACCUGGCAGUGCCUUUCGAUGUGAAGUUCCGCAUUAAGGGGAGAGAUGUCAUUGUGGACAUCCAGCGGCGCUCCAUCAAGGUCGGCCUGAAGGGACACCCUCCUGUCAUCGAAGGCCAGCUCUACAACGAGGUGAAGGUAGAAGAGAGCUCCUGGCUCAUCGACGAUGGCAAGGUGGUCACUGUCCACUUUGAAAAGAUUAAUAAAAUGGAGUGGUGGAGCCGGAUUGUUACCACAGAUCCAGAAAUUAACACCAAGAAAAUCUGUCCUGAGAACUCAAAGCUGUCAGACCUGGAUGGUGAAACACGUGGCAUGGUGGAGAAGAUGAUGUACGACCAAAGGCAGAAAUCCAUGGGCCUGCCCACAUCCGAAGAGCAGAAGAAACAAGACAUUCUUAAAAAGUUCAUGGCUCAGCACCCAGAGAUGGAUUUCUCUAAAGCCAAAUUCAGCUGAGACUUUCUGUCGUCUGCAGCUUCACCUGUAGAAUCUGCAUCAUCUGAACCACAUGAGAGCUGACGUCAGGCACCAGCCAACUCCCCCUUCAUCUCUUUACCAUUCUUUUGGCUUCAUGUCUUAAGAAUCUUGUUUUUGUUUUGUUGAGACAAAGUUUGAUAAAUGUAACACCUGCAUUCUCCCUUUGCAUGUGGUUUCCAUAUUUAAAGAUGUGUCUGGACUUUUUUUUAAUAAAGAAAUCUAAAAGUUUA